CCCACUGUCAUUCAAUAGGACCUAUGUUCUACCCAGUCGUAACAAAAACAAAACGAGGAACGAUACAGUUACACUAUAAAACUCCAUCAAAUCUCCAUCCGGCUAGGUUUAAUACCUUGGUUUAAAGUCCCGCCCUGUAUUGUUGGUGCGGUAAUGGCCCUGGUCCAGUGUUUGGGACAAGUCGGUUAGAUUUACUUGUGGUAUUUUUUAUUGCCUUCAGUGUUUUUGUGUAUAUGCAGAUCUGUUUUGUCUGUUGAGGCAGAUGGCCUGUGGACUUCAACAGGUGUGGAUGUUAGGCACACAGCUGAAAUAGUGUGGUUUAUGAAACUACGUUCAUGUUUAUUCAAUUGACAACAACAGAAACAAUUCAGGAUGCGGGAACUUUUUAACUUUCUAUUCUUUUUCAUUUGUAUUUUAAAAGUCCAUUACGGCGAACAGAUUACAUUUUGCAUGGGAAUUGAUACCAUCUCGAACAUGUUUUAUACAAAUUACCCAACACUAUUUCCGUAUUUAUCAGCUUAAAUUGGAGUAUUUUCGUUACUCUUCGCCGAUGUGGAUUAUUCAACGACUGAGAGAGUUUAUAUAAGGACAGACUUUAUUUGUUUGGAAGGUAUCUCAUAAACUACACCUCACAAGGCCGAUCGUCUCGUGAACAUAAGGGAUUCGAACCCGGAUCCAUGUCGCUCAGUACGGGAGCCCGCAUACAAGGACGGUCAAAUCUGAGAAUCAGCCGGUGUCAUGGCGGUGACAAAAUUGUGUUGAGGUGUGGACAACUGUUGGCGUGAAUGACGACGGGUGGCACUGGUCACUACCUGACCAUAGCACAGCGUGAAUAAUCAUCAGCUUGUGACACCUGACCAGUUUAUGACAGGACCAAAGUAUAACUCUCGGGAUUUUGUUUCCAUUCAUGGCAGAACGAGUCCGUGACUCGGAUAGUUAACCUUAUAGUACCAAAUACCAACUCAGGUGAAAAUAAAUUCGUAACAGGAAAUUAGGAAAGUGACCUUUUCGUUGCUGGAACGUUAAUUCUAAAUUUCUUUCGACGACGGAGGUUGUAAUUUUUGGAUAUAAUGUGAUCGUGCACGGAAUAGCCCGUGUGUGUGUUGUGUGUUUGUGCUGUGUGUUUCCGUGGCCCGUACUGGGUAUGAGAAAGAGUACCGGGUAUGUCAUGAUGGGCAUCGGAUUCACAUUAGGAAUUGUGUUGGGACUGCUUAUACAACUUCCGGUCAUCACCCUCCCAACUUCCGGUCGGGGACAAGGGGACCUGGGGCUAGACCUCGUGGGGUCGGAACUGGACAUCAGGAAGAAAGCACUGACGAGCGAGUUAAAUAACGGCGAUCUUAAUCAGGACUUACGGAACGGCGAGGGGUUGAACAGAAUUACACAGAAUUACCCUCUAAGAGGAUUGAAACAUUCGCUUCACAGUGUUGUUUAUCCCACGAACAAUGGGAGUAAGUCGCACUUACAGGAGAAAUCUGUGCCGAUCCCUGAUAUUACACCCGAUUACCGGCCACAAUCCGGCAAUCAACCGGUCGAUUCACCUCCGGCCACUGGACUGGACAUCCCCAAGCAGGGCAAGCGGGGUGUUGACUGGGUCAAGGCUGUUUCGGACAUGGUGGACGGAAUUGUGUGGACCUCUUCACUGGAAAACAGCUGUAAAACUAGACAAUCAGAUCAAGAACAAAAACAAUGGCGGGAAAAAUCGACCCGAUCGAAAGUUGUGAAAAUGAGUGAAGGAUGUGGAAGGAUGCAGAAUCGCCUGCUCAUGUUGUCGGAUGGAACACGUGCAUGCGCGCGGUACCGUCUCAACACGGAUCAGAUUCAGGGUGAAAUUUAUUCCUUCUAUCUUGGGAAACUCCUACGCAUCAACAAUUUAUUACCCACAGUGCUAAGUGUGGUCAAUUCACACAGUGACAACUGGCGGACGGUUCAUACGGAAAUGGCUAAUGCCCAGUGGUCAGACAAUAAGGUGGUGGUUAUUACACAAUGGUCAGGGGGACUAAACCCCGCCUACAUUCCCAUCCAUCUCAGGGGAGACGACCGCGCGCUCUUCCCUACAUCCGGGGAACUCGGUGACAUGGGCGCGUGCGAACUGAUGCAAUGGUCAGAUCUUAUAGUGUUUGAUUAUUUAAUUGCUAAUCUUGACCGCGUGGUUAAUAAUAUCCACAACAAACAGUGGAAUAGUCAAAUGAUGGAGAGCCCUGCUCACAAUUUGGAGCGGGACACGGACGGGAAUCUCAUUUUUAUGGACAAUGAGUCGGGAUUGUUCCAUGGCUACCGGCUCCUGGACAAAUAUUCGUCCUAUCACACAUCUUUGUUAGAUUCUCUGUGUGUGUUUAGAAACAGUACAGCAAGCAUUAUAGAACGUUUACACCUUUCCGGUAACGUCGGAGAGGAACUCCAUGAAACGUUUGUCCGGGAAGAGCCUGCUCAUAGCUUUGUCCCGACCAUACCAAAAAAGAACAUGAAAAUUCUACAGCAAAGGGUCGGCGACGUUUAUGAGCAGAUCCAGCAUUGCAGAGUCCGCUUUAUGUAAUAAUCAUGCCAUGUAUUAACACAAUAAUACAGUGAAACUUGUCUAAUCCGACAUCCCGUGGACCACAACAUAUUAGUCGGAAUAGACAGUGCAUAAAACAUACAUGUCUUUUCAGGUACUUGUCAUUAUAAAUCUGAAUGAGGCAUUAUGUUGGAUAAGACACUAUGUUGGGAUAUAUAUGUGUCGGAUUAGACAGGUUUCAUUGUAUUUAAACAUAGUCUCAUGCUUUGCUCAAUUUCAUGAACCCAUUUUUUCCUUUGCAUCAAGGUCUGACAACAUUAUGAUAGUAAGGACCAUUACAUGAUGUUUUUUUGGUUAUCGACAAUGCAUAGCGAAACAUUUUAAAAAUGAUGACGAAUCUCAACUAAUCGUACACUAAAUUCACACAGAUUUUUUUUCACGUUUGGUUAAUUUGUAUCAGGGUAAGUUCUUAGCUAGUAAAAGCACGAUCUGACAAAGUUCAUUGAUUUUACUACAUCCACUAGGCUUAUUCAGAAUGUGUUUAGUUUGUUCGUUCUUAGUUUAGAUGUUUAAGACAACAAUACAGCAACUGGAAAUGUAGAUAAUUUAUAACCGACAAUCAUAUCAAAAUUAUUACCUAAUGUCAAAACUUCCAUCGAUAAUCUUUAUAAAGGUCAUAAAGUUUGUCAGAUUAUGAUGUUGUGGAAAAUGGUUAAUGAAUUCAAGUUAUGAGAAAAAAUGGACCAUUUCGAAAGUCUAUUCUAUUCCAAUCUGUUGAUGCAAAAAUAUUACAUUAUGACGUCAGUUAGCAUUUGAUUUUUUUCAAUUUAAUAAUGUUUUACAAGAGAGGCAAAUGAAGUUUUUGUAAAAAAACAAAAGAAUACGCUAAAAACCUGGUUAACGAGGCUCAUACAAACUUGAGCUAUCAUAUUACAAAAGAAAAAUGAAAAAAAAACAGAAAAAAACUCCAUUAUGAUUUUAAGUUUUCGAAAUGGUUCAUUUUAUUUUUUGAUGCUUAACUUACCAACAGUACCUUUUGUCUUUGAGACAUUCGCAAUAAGUGUUUACCAUGUACUCAAAGUAUGUCUGGUAUGUGAUAUAUGCAAGAAUUUACAGAUUGUCAUUUUAUUUAUAACUGUGAUAGUUGAUUAUCUCCCCUUACAAAGGGUUUGUGAGUGCUGAAUACCAAAUAUUAACUGUUGUUUAAAUGUCGUUAAAACGUCGCUUAGACGUUCUUGUGUGUCGCAAGUAUGAUUGAGGUAUUGAAAGAAUGUGUUUUAGUGUUCCGACAAAUGAGAGUGAGCGAGAAAGUGCUAGUUAAGGAGAGAGAAAAAAAGAGGAGAAAGUUGUCCGAGUCUCGAUAUUCCGUAAACAGAUAGGAGAAAAAACCAAUUUACCGUUUUUCAUUGAUUUUAAAUCAAUGUGUUUUUAUUUAAUUAUUUCAUUAUAUAAACCUGUCAAUAGCAAUCAUCUUUUUAUUUAUAUACAGUGUAUAGAAAUUAUUAUCACUUUUUCCAAUCGAAUCGUUCUUUUAUAAUAAUACAUUAUCUUCAAAAUUUUCAACCUAUAGCAAAAAUGUUCUUGCUAUUGAUAAGCAGUAUAUAUAUUAAAAGAUUUUUAAAAAACGAAAGAAAAUACACAUACAAUUUCCACCGAUUUACUGGUAUAAUAAGAUUUUGAUUCGGUUGGUAAAUGAAAAAUACGAAAAUUCAAAUGUGUAAAA